AUGCCCACCGUCGCCACUCCCAUAACCCCUCCCUACGACGACUACGGCCGCCGUCGAAGUUCCGCCGCUCUGCCAACACCAGAGAACUUCGACGUCACGACGACAUCCAAGCCAAGGCCACCCAUCAUUCUCUCACCUCCGCCAACCCCCAAGGCCGCCUCUAUUCGGAAGAACAACGCGGCCAGACUAUCCCAGCGUCUGCGUAGCAAUUCCGGCCUCUCGCACCACACCAACGAGGAUGCUCUCCGGCAGUAUACGGAUUACAACCCCGAUGGUUCUCCGAGGUCUCCGAGGUCCCCGUUAUUUGCGCCGGUGAACUGGCAAGGGGGAAGCAGUGGAGAAAAGUUGUCUAGGAAAGGGUAUCGGCGGAGUUUGCUGGCCGACUAUGGAGCGCCGGAGUCGGCGCUGCCUAUCCCGGAUUAUUUUGGCCAGGAGGUGUUUCAUAUGGUCAUGAACAAUCCGUCUGCUGCUCAUCGGUUAUUGAAGUAUGCCCAGAUGAAAGGAUGCGGCGAGAACAUGGGCUAUCUUCUGAAGGUGCAAGAGUACUCCAGAUCCGUCGACCAACUAACAACCCUCCUCGCAACCAUCUCCACCAACUUCACCAUGGUCUCCGCCGCCUCCCCCAUCCACCUUCCAGGCCCCCUCUCCAAAUCCCUCAACACCGACAUCAAGCACGUAACGGGGUCAAUCCUCCCGGGCCUCGAGAACCUCUUCCUCGAGUCCAAGACCUGCAUCGAGCAGCGUCUCGUCCGCGACGUCUACCCUUCCUUCGUCAAGCAUCAACUCUCGCUCGCCACCUCUCGGGCCCUAGUGUCCGAUAAAUGUCUCCGUGAGGCCGAGUUUCCCGGAUUAGGAGGCGCUUUCUGCAUCACGGAUGUGGCUCUCGAAGGAGCCCCCAUCGAGUUCGUGUCGGACGAGUUUCUCAGGUUGACUGGUAGGAGGAGGGAGCAGGUUCUCCACCGAAACACUAGCUUCUUACAGGGCCCGCUCACGGAUCUGGCCGGUGUGUUCAGGAUCCGGGAGGUUCUGUCCAGGGACGAGGAGUGCAUCGAACUCCUAAUUAAUCAUCUAGACGAUGGGACACCGUUCUGGAACUUUAGUUACAUUUGCCCUAUCCCAGCUCCUGGGGGCAAGGUGAGGUACUACUUGCACGGCUACAUCAAUGUAUCGAACUGUAUCCGAAACUCCGACGACAUCAUUCAAAUUAUCAACUCGAACCCCGUGCCCUCGGACACUGCCUCUGAGAGGUCGGUCGAGAGGAGAGGGCCGUAUGACCGCCGUGGUAGCACAUCUCAGGAAUCCGACUACGAGGGCGCACGCGGCAGAGGCGAGAACGUUUCACGGAGCAAGUCUACUCGCAAGCCUUUCUUCCGAUCCUUCCGCAAAAACUCCGAGACGUCCACAUCCUCACAACAAACGCAAAACCAGCAGCUGCAACGCCCCGACACGGCCUACUCCACCAUAAAUGGCAACCAGGUCGAUGGCGCCCUUCCACCCUUGACGGAGAACCUCGUCUCAGACCCCCCUCGAGGACUACCUUCCACUCCUUACAGCCGCUUCAUCCUCCUAAAGAACACCCCCGGCUUCACGUCCCCCAAGCUCGCCAUCACAUUCGCAACUCAAGCCGCUCUCGACCUCCUUAACCUCGGACUCGCCGCCGAGGCCAUCCACAACAAGGAUAUCUUCACGGUGCUCGCCGAGCAGGCGAACUGCGUGUCCAUCACCAAGGCGUUCAGGACAUCUGUGCGCGAGACCGUCCUCCUUGAUGGAAGGCAGGCCGUGGCGGAUAUAAGAGUCGCCGCCCCUGCUGCACCGCGGAAAGGCAACUUGAUGGGCGGUUUGGGAUGGGGUAGUGAGGAUCAGGGGAGCGUGGCUGGGGCUAGGAGGACGGUUCUCAGUACCUUCUGGACGCCGCUGAAGGAUGGGGAGGGGAAGCCUGCUUGGGUCAUGCUGGUUUUGCUUCCGUCGCUUUGA